UAUUUUAAAAAAAAUUAAUUAAACUAUGGGAGCUGAGCAAUCGGCUUUGUUAGCUUGCACCCAAACGGGCAAACCGGAAAAUCCGCUGAAAUUGGAAAAUUCUGAGCAAUUCUUCCAAUUGUAUUUCGAUAGAAUGCCCGAGCCUAAAACAGGACCCGUUACAGAGGCCUUGCUGCAUUUAAUAACGAAUGCACCGCACCCAAAUCUAGGGUUCAGGGAGCGCGCCAACUGGGCGAAUCAGCAGGAACAGGAUUCGGGCUUUGAGAACGAUGAGCUGGAAAUGGAAGAGUCUAGUGAAGCGUACGAGGAGGAGCCGGACAUCGAUAUGAUCUCUGAGGAAGAGGAGCGAACAGUUGAUCAAUUAUCGGAGAGUGGAAUGAGCAUGGCAUCGAGCUCAACUUGUUAUGAUGAGCACAAUAAUUAUGAGAACGACAUUGAGAUAAUUCCAUUGGAAUUCGUCGAUCGGCAGCCCUUCAAGAGUAUUGAUAUAGAUGUUCCGCAGCCGCAGAUCGAGAAUGAGUUCAUAAUAAGCUUUUCCGUCUUCAAUGAUGAAUUAUUAUAAUCUAAUUUUUACAUA